AUGCCUGAUGCUGCAAAUACCUCGACCUCUACGCCUGCGCUUGCAGCCGCCCCCCAACCCCCUUCAACACCCGUCACUUGCAUUGUAAAUGUGACUGACGGCGUGGAUAGCACGGUUGAGGCUUUCUUUCUAAAGAUUCACAGCACCGACAUUGACGAUGAGAAACUAUCCGACUUGAGAUCGCAGAUUGUCAAGCACACUCGCUGUGUUGAGCUCUUACAGUUCCCCUUUUGUUUGGCAUCAGGUGCGAUAGUUCAAGACUCCAUGUCCGUCGAAUACUACCUAUCCAAAUGCCUCAAGAUAGACGCAAAAGGCGAAGCAAUCGAGGUAUUUAUGAAGGAUGAAAAGCUUUUUACAGAGACGGGAUGGAAUGAGUUCAUGCCCUCGUAUUAUAGUAGUCCUUUAACUGGUACCAAUGCCAGGCACGUUUCCGAGCUCGAGGAGAAGCAGUGGGGUGUGGUGGUUGAGACGAAUCAGCUCUGCUACGGCAUUAGUACCAUCACCGAAGAGGUGACUACGGGAGAAGAAGAAAAGAAGAAAACCGAGAUUCAUGUUGUUGGGGUGCAAAAGCCCAAGUACCCAGCAACGAGGAAGGUGCUUUCGGAUACAGUGGCGAGUAGCAUGGUUAAAAACGUCGAGUUGGACUUGCGUAUUCCCCGUUACAUCAACGACGACGUAUCGUACGUAGCUUUUCGCUACUCUACUUCUAGUGCGCAAGAAUCCCUAGCAAGGCAGGGCUUCUCUCAGACCGAUAUUUCAGCUUCGGGAACUGGAGGGGCCUUUGGGUGUAGCGUGGAUGCGUCUGCAAGUUUAUCCGUGGCGGAAAACACUUCGAAUCAGAGCGACAUGGCAACGAGUAAGGGCAACGCGACAAUGUCCUACAAUUUUCCAAGAGUCACCAUGUUUCUAGACGAAUUGGAUCUAGAAUUAACGCCCCAGUGUGAGGAAGACCUGAAAGCAAUCCAGGAUGCCGCAAGUUAUAGCAAAUUCUUGAAGAAAUAUGGCGAAUUCUUUAGCACUACAGUUCAGCUUGGGGGGUCGCUCUUUGCUACGGAGGAAUACCAGACGGGCUCGGCUAGCAGUCGUGAGGCAACGGCCAAGUCACUGAAGGCUGCUGCCGCAGUAUCGUUGGGUGGUGUGGGAUAUUCGGGAUCCGUUUCUGCGUCUCAUCAACAACAAUCCCAGGACUCAAGGGGCGCCUCUAAUGAGGAGUCUUCCAAAACACUUAUUUGGGAGGCUAAUGGGGGCAACACUUUGCUGUGCAACGACCCAGCCGCAUGGGCGCCAUCUGUGGCAUACUAUGGCAACUGGCGAAUUCUCAAGCAAGAGAGAGUUGUGCGCCUCAUAGAGCUGAUUUGCAGGCUUCAAGGUUUUAAAUACGUAAAGGAAGAGAUGCCGGGGUGGAAGAAUACAGGAACUCCAGUUCAGCCACCAGUUGGACAGAGGUUUACAUUGAAUGUGAAAGGAUGCCUUGGGGGCAAGUAUAUGGUGGGACAUGGUCAGACUGAUCCGGAGAAAAUUGUAAUUGGACCCCAGGUUGAGAAACGAACCGCCAAAUUUUUGGCAUGGGAAUUGGCAUCGGCAGAUAAAGGCGCCGUCGCUACCACGGUGGAAUACGGUAAAGACUAUUUUUUGAUGCAUUGCGAGUCGCAUCUUUACCUUGGAUUUUUCGAUGUCGCAAAGGCGGCGCGGCUCAUUGUUGGGUUACUCGGCGGUGCUCCCAAGAAAGAUAGAAAUGGAUCAAUCUAUUAUAUCCAAGGCACAAGGACUCGAGACUAUACUGUGCGCUUUUAUGAUGAAGACUGCAAGGGUAAGACGGGGACUAUAGAGACUGGCGACACUGUCACACUCGAGUUUAAAGGCAAGUCGGGGUCACUUGGGUUUCUAGCAGCUGAAACCUCUGACCAAGACAAGAUCUAUGUGACGAAAGGCACUCAAGGAUACUCUCCACUCAAAUUGAUAUACACGGAGAUUACGACCCCAUCGGAACCUGACAAGUCUCCGGAGACUAGAUACAUCUCCUCCGCGGUACUACAGAGCCAGAGCCCUUCGCCACCGCCUAAAAAAGACUUCCCUACUUGUGACGUUGAUCUGACUCAGGAGAUCACCUGA